AAAUCACCUACAACCGGAAAUGACACCAACGGUGUAACCUUUCGAAAUGACGACUUAAUAACAAGCUUUCUUUUGAAAUUCUAGUAAAGAUUGUUGUUACUUCAUCACUUUAUGUGGUGGAGAAACAGUUUGAAGAAAGUUUCCAGUGGCUUGACAUUUCUCUUGUGCCUGUUGCCCCAGCCGUUCAUCAUGGCUUGGCGUUCCAGUGGGAGCAACAAUGUAAACUUGGUGGAGAAUCUUGCCAGAAAUGGAAUCAUCAAAUCUGAAAGUGUUUUGAGUGCCAUGAAGAAAGUGGACAGAGCCCAUUAUUGUAAAGCGAACUCAUAUGCAGACUCUCCACAAAGUAUUGGUUACUCCGUCACUAUCAGUGCUCCUCAUAUGCAUGCCCAUGCUCUAGAGCUCUUGUCUGAACAUCUUGUUGAAGGAAAUAAAGCCCUUGAUGUUGGCUCUGGCAGUGGUUAUCUCACAGCCUGUAUGGGGCUCAUGGUUGGCAGAGGGGGCAAGGCUGUGGGCAUUGACCACAUCCCUGAGCUGGUGGAGUGGUCGAGGGAGAACAUAGCGAAGGACACAGUGACCAGAAUGCUCAUGGAGUCGGGCCGCAUCGAGCUGGUGGUGGGAGACGGCCGGCAGGGCUACGAGCCGGAGAGCCCUUACGAUGCCAUUCACGUUGGAGCUGCUGCGCCCACCUUACCCGAAGCUCUAGUGGAGCAGUUGAAGCCUGGCGGUCGACUCAUCAUCCCUGUGGGUCCGGUCGGGGAAAACCAAAGUCUGUUACAGGUUGACAAGCUGGCUGAUGGUACAGUGGAGAAGAAGACCUUGAUGGGGGUCAUCUACGUGCCGCUGACCAGCAAGGAGAAGCAACUGCCCAGGUGGAGAUGAUACUCAAGUGGAACAAAUUUGACUUGUGAGCUGCAGUGGCCAACUCUCUACCAUACUCAUCAGUUCCUUGAGCUGCAUCCCGGAGGCUUCAGUCCCUUCUCCUCUCGUCCUUCUGUGAUAUCCGAAGCUUGGACCCAUGGCAGUCAACAUCUGUAUCUAUUUACAUCAUCUAGUAACUUGCUUUUGUUCAGAAAUAGUUUUGCUCUCUUUAUUUUCGUCGUUAUUGUGGAAUGUACAAAACUGAAGGUAGCGAAAUUGUUUUGUAGAUUGAGUAGUUGUUGUUUUUUUUUAUCAAAAGAAAGGAAUUGAAUUUUUUUUUCUGAAGGUCUACUGUUUGAUCCCAUCACUUGUGUUCUCCAUUUUUUUGGAUUUGCUGGUCUCAAGAACUUUGGAAUGAAUGGGUCGUGAAAAAAAGGAAGCACAAUUUUAUGAUUAACGGUUACUGAUGUAAAGCUCAAGUAUGUGAAAUCAGUUGACUGGGCUGAAGUGUAUGUUCCCGGUAGUAGACUACUCUUACAGUACAGAAUGUUAGUGAAAUGAAAGUUUGUUGUCUUUGAUUUUUGUUUUUCUUUUGUUGUUGACGAGUUAAAGUUGUACUCUGUAUUUUGUGUGUUGCUUCUCUGAGACUGUCAUUAUGAAGUUGUUUUGCCUUGGAUGUGUGGCUGGCUGAAAUUUAUUUCCAAGUGAAAUGGUACAGAUUGGCACUGGAUAUAUAUGCUAGUGUAGUGGACUGUCUUCUACCCUGUAUCUAACAUGUAACAGUUUCAGAGUUUGUUUUGCAGUAUAUCCUUAAAAUAAGUGCUACGAAUUUAAUCCAGAAUAUGUUUUCAGUCCACUUUUUCCGAUCAUGUUAUUCUAAGCAGUGUUUUGCAAUAGGUGGCCGUGAAUCAGACAGCCUUUUCUAACUCGCCCUUACGUGGGUGAACAAUGAAUGCUGUGAUUGGAUCAGCUAUGUGUACUUCUUUUCUGUGAUACUAAAUUUAUCUUCUUCCUUGUUCCUGACAAAAUUGACAUUCAUUAUGCGAUCUCACCGUGAACCACAACUGAGUUAGCCACAGGCUUGUUGAAAUUUUGGUGUUUGAUAUUGUUUGUUCCUCUGCUGUUUAAGCAUGGCAAGGUCUCCCUUACAGCUUGUGCCCUUUAUAUUCACAAAUAUUUGGUUAUACUUUGCAUGCUGUUGUUUUGAAGCUGAAGGACAUCUCGCCCUGAAACAGAAUGCCGUGUUCCUAUCUUGUCCAGCUCUCGAGUGGUGCACUGUAAUUUAGCUUUAUUUAUGCCAAAAUUGGUUGCAUCGUUUGCUGUUAUAAUCUGCCCUGUCAGCAGCAAAUAGUUGAGUCAGUUUUCUAGUCUGAAUAUCCUUUGUGUUCUGUACAUUAUGAGUUUAUGGAUAUAUUUCCUUUACCUCAUCAUGGUUGUACAGCUAGAAAAACUUGUUUUCUUCCGGUAGAUGGAUAUAUAUUUUUCAGAUUUCAGGUCUGAAACUUCUAUAUCAACUAUACAUUGGGAGGCUUUGUUAUAAGGUCCUGUUUACAUGUUGAAAGGGCUGAAUAAUGGCAGUGUGUCAUUACUUUCAGUGCCCGCCUAAUGCCUCAGUUGUGAUCAAGUAAGAAUCUCCAGAAGAAAGCAUGUACAUGCAUAAUUUAUUAAAUAGACACCCUUUUGACUAACUGUAACUGCUAUUAAUUUUGAGCAUUUCCAUUUGAGCCCUAGAAGAUUUAAAGAAAAAAAUUAUAUGAUUUCAAAUGCAUCCUCUAUGUUGAAAAUUGGACAUUUUAUUUGUUACUGAUCAUUUAUCACUGUAGAGAACAGACCUGAGUGACCUAUGGACCUGCCAGGUGCUCCGAUAAAAUCGGAGCCGGUUGAUUUUUCUUGGGCCUUUAUAUGAAGAACUCUGAUAGGAUUUUCUUAACAUCCAAUAUUUUUUUCUGGAAUUCCAUUUCCAUAGGUCAUAUGAAAUUUAUCGUAAAUGACGUAAAACUACAUGUUUAUUUGCAAAUAUGCGCGACUUACUGUUAACAACAUGAACAUACUCAUUCUUAUUUGCGUUUGUUUGCAUGUAUUUGUAAUUCACAUGUAUUUGCCAUGAUUGGUUUCUGACAUAAUUUGAAUAUACUCCCAUUUUUUUUUCACUCCAAACUCUAAUUUUGAGGAAAACUCUUAUUUUUCUGUCAGGAGGGGUUGGCAGGUCUGUAUAUAAGUUCUUUGCUUUAGGAGCUGGUUGAACUUUUCAAAGAAAAGGAAAAAUGCUCGGCCUUGGGAUUGCAAUGUUAAUUAAGUUGGUAUUAUUAGUGGCCCUAGGUAUGGGCAGCUCUUUUUCCAAAUCCCAUUGCAGGAUAUUCUUGGAAUUGUGUUGUUUGAAGAAAUCAUGUCUCUCUAUCUUUUUGGUUCUCUCAUUUUGGAGAUAGACCUGACAUCAGAUGUCCGACUCUAAUGUAAACCUAUCAUUAUAUGGACACUUAAACCCUCUGUAUGGAUUGUUGCGGCCUUCUACUGGAAAGAAAUCCUGUUUAAUUAUAUUAUAUGUAUAGGCCUAUACAUUUUCCCUCUUUCUGAUAAACAGAUUUGAAAGGAAAAAAAAUCGUAUAGUUGAACUGUAUUUAGCUGUAAUUGAUCACUUUGCCAGCACCAGUAAGUAGGAAAGAUGGCUUUUUAAAAAGUCUGUGUACCCACUGGUCUGGUUUGUCCAUGUACUUCAUUAUAAUUAUCAUGUGAAAAGGGCAAUGACUUUACUCAGGAGGCUUCUCCAAGAAAUGCUAAGUAAAAUUGUUUGUCCAGACCUCACCUGAUGGUACAGUGAGCCUCUUGUCUUAUGUGUAAACCUUGCUAGUGAACUGGCAUUAUAGUGAGGAAAUCAUGCUUGCUGUGCAGACAACAGCUUGACAAUGAACCAGCUGUCUUGAACAUCCCCUACCAUAAGUCUUGUAUAAAAAAACAAAACAAUUGAAGUGUGGUGUGUUCCGUUUAAGAAUUGGGGGUGUCAAGACUGCUGUCUCUUGUUUGUGAUCUUUUGUAUAUGUUAUAUGUAAUAUACAAAUAACAAGAAAAAAUUAAAAGUAAUCUGUGUUCAUGUUGUUUUCAAUUCGUCAUAGCAGGUGUGUUGGAUAGAGUGAAAUUGAUCUCGUCUAUGAUGAAGUGCAGACAUGAUUGAAAAAUAUGGCAAACUUUGCAGCUUAUCUUAAGCUUCAUUUAAAAUCGCAACAGAACAAUGCAUGAGAAGCUGAAUGAGGACAUGUUGAAGAAUCACAGAGUAGAGUAUAUUUAUGUGACCCUUUGUUCUCAUCCAAUGAUUAUGUAAGUACUUAAUAAACUUUUUUGAAAGUAAUAAGGAAAGAGAAGAGUUGUAGAUCUAUAGCUGUGAUCACUUGACAGCCUCUUGUUAGAUUUUGUUCUGCAAAAGUACAAAAGUUGGCAUGUGACUUUGUACAAUGAUUGAAUAGAGAUAUGGGCAGUUACCAGACUUAAAAUGGGUCAUCAUGUUUUGCAACUUGACAUUUCAGCUUUGAGCUUUAAGUUUUGAAGACUAAAGUUUGUAAGAAAUUGUGUAAACUAGCCUACUGUAUAAUAUAAUAGUUAGAAAUGCCAUCAUUUUUGCAUAAUGAACUGUAUAGUAUGCAAUUACUUGGUAAUUAUAUAAAAGUUCCCACUCACACAUGACAAAUUCUAUUCGAAGCCCCAUACAUUGUAUAUUGUGCUCAAGUGUUGGACUUGCUGCUUUUGCUUGACAUCUUUUGCCUUGUAUUGUUAUGCUAAUAAAGAAAACAUAAAACAUUGAA